UUUGAUUCAAAGGCAAGCAAAACAGAUGCCCUCUGAAAUCUCUGACCCGAUAGUUUAGUCACAAAAUCUGCAUGUGUACGUAGUUGUUUAAUUAGACAGAAAAUUAAGCCAGGAAUUAAUAUUAUAUAAUGUUUACAUGUUCAUAACUCUCAUCUCACCCUUAUAAAUAUAACCCAUCACCCUCCACUUUCGUCUUGUUUUCUCUCUCUGUGUCGAAAGGAAAGAGAUUUCUGGGGGGGGGGGUUCUUUGUUGAUUGAAGAAAAUGGCCAUACAAGCUCAGUUAUAUUCGGAUAAUAUCGGGUUUCCAUUGUGUUGUUCCCUUGAUGGUAAUGGUCAUGGUAAUGGUAAUGGUAAUGGUGGGUUUAAUCAAUUCUGUUUCGGCAAUCAACAACUACAACAGCAGCAUCAGCUUCAGAUUCAGCAACCGGGGAAUCAGAGUUUUUGUUUUGAAGAAAAUGAUGAAUCCAUUGAUCAGUUUAUCAAAUCCCAGAAUGAGAGACUGAGAUUGUUACUGCAAGAACAGAGAAAGCAGCAAGUUUUGUUAAUGGCGGAAAAGCUAGAAUCAAAGGCAACUCCUUUAUUCAGCCAAAAGGAAGCAGAGCUCGCGAGAGCAGCAAACAGAACAAUGGAGCUUCAAAAUCUCUUGAACAAACUGGAGACGGAGAAUCAAGCAUGGCGAAGAGUGGCGCAAGAGAACGAAGCGAUCGUCGUUUCUUUGAACAACACGCUCGAACAAUUACAACAACAACAAGACCAAGCCGGGUGUCGUUUCGACGGCGAUGCAGAGUCUUGCUGUGGAGGAACAGAGGAAGAGAACAACAACAGAGGACUCGUCGAAACGAAGAAGAAGGCAUCAAUGGUGUGUAAAUGUUGCAAUUCUCGAAGCUCGUGUGUUUUGUUCCUUCCUUGCAGACAUCUUUGUUCAUGCAAAGAUUGCGAGGCUUUUCUCGAUUGUUGCCCUCUCUGUAGAACAGCAAAGAAAGCCACUAUAGAAGCCUUGAUUUCUUAA